AACUGCCUCCAGGCCCGCCUGCUGGACCUGGUGUCCUCCGUGUGGUUUGAGGUCCUGGUGGUGGUGGUGAUCUGCAUGAACCUGGUCCUGUUGUCCCUGAUGAGUGAAGAGUAUCACACUGAGGAAGUUAUUGAGUAUCUGUACCUGUUGGUCCUGGUUCUCUACCUGCUGGAGUUCAUCCUGAAGGUCACUGCGCUCAGAAAACACUAUUUCACCAACGCCCUCAACGUGCUGGACUUCCUGGUGCUGGUUGUGUCCAUCACAGGUCUCUUCAUUACGGAUAUUUUGACAAUUUAUUUCUGCUCUCCCCCGACCAUCCUCCUGCUGCGAGUGACUCAUGUUUUCCGUGUCCUCUGCUGGGAUCCGAGUAUCAGGAAGCUGCUUUUGUCCUUCAUGAUGUCACUUCCUGCCCUGUUGAACCUCGGCCUCCUCUUCCUCUUCCUCAUCUUCACGUCCUCCAUCUUCGGCAUGUUGAGCUUCCCCUUCGUGAGGAAGCAGGGGAUGAUGGACGACAUGGUUAACUUCGAGACGUUUGGCAGCAGCCUGAUCUGUGUGUUGAUGAUCUCCUCUUCUGCUUCGUGGGGGGGUAUGCUGGGUCCCUUAAUGAAGACUUCACCUGACUGUGACCCCGACACCCUGAACCCGGGAUCCUUCAUCCGAGGAGACUGUGGCUCCCCGGGCCUCGCCAUCGUCUUCUUCAUCGUAAACAUCUACCUGGGCUACCUGCUGGUGGUCAACAUGUACAUCGCCGUCAUCCUGGAGGUCUUCGGCCCCGAGGAGAACCAAACGCUGAGCGACCAACACCUCCAGAACUUCUGCAAAACCUGGAGGAAGUUCGACCCAGAGAGCUCGCAGUUCAUUAAGUACAGCGAGCUGUCAGAUUUCUGCGACGCUCUGCAGGAUCCUCUCAGGAUUCCCAAACCAAACAGCCUCCGACUUACGAGCAUGGACCUUCCUCUGCAGGCCGGAGACCAGAUGCUCUGCCAGGACGUCCUGCUGGCCCUCGCUGCACAGGUGUGCGAUGAGUCCACAAGCUCUCUCCGAGCCCGACUGGAGGAAAAGUUUCCCUCGAAGGGUUCCUGUGGACCAAUCAGCAGCACCCUACAGAGGAAACAGGAAGAGGUGGCGGCGGCUGUGAUCCAGAGAGCGUUCAGGAAACACGCCGCCGCAAAACCCUGAAGCUCCCAGCUCCCAGACCCUAAAGACUCCAGCUCCCAGACCCUAAAGACUCCAGCUCCAGGACCCUAAAGACUCCAGCUCCCAGACCCUAAAGACUCCAGCUCCAGGACCCUAAAGACUCCAGCUCCCAGACCCUAAAGACUCCAGCUCCAGGAUCCUAAAGACUCCAGCUCCAGGACCCUAAAGACUCCAGCUCCCAGACCCUAAAGACUCCAGCUCCCAGACCCUAAAGACUCCAGCUCCUAGACCCUAAAGACUCCAGCUCCCAGACCCUAAAGACUCCAGCUCCCAGACCCUAAAGACUCCAGCUCCCAGACCCUAAAGACUCCAGCUCCCAGACCCUAAAGAUUACAGCUCCAGGACCCUAAAGAUUCUAGCUCCCAGACCCUAAAGACUCCAGCUCCCAGACCCUAAAGACUCCAGCUCCCAGACCCUAAAGACUCCAGCUCCCAGACCCUAAAGACUCCAGCUCCCAGACCCUAAAGACUCCAGCUCCCAGACCCUAAAGACUCCAGCUCCCAGACCCUAAAGACUCCAGCUCCCAGACCCUAAAGACUCCAGCUCCCAGACCCUAAAUACUCCAGCUCCCAGACCCUAAAGACUCCAGCUCCCAGACCCUAAAGACUCCAGCUCCCAGACCCUAAAUACUCCAGCUCCCAGACCCUAAAGACUCCAGCUCCCAGACCCUAAAGACUCCAGCUCCAGGACCCUAAAGACUCCAGCUCCCAGACCCUAAAGACUCCAGCUCCCAGACCCUAAAGACUCCAGCUCCCAUACCCUAAAGAUUACAGCUCCAGGACCCUAAAGACUCCAGCUCCCAGACCCUAAAGACUCCAGCUCCCAGACCCUAAAGACUCCAGCUCCCAGACCCUAAAGACUCCAGCUCCCAGACCCUAAAUACUCCAGCUCCCAGACCCUAAAUACUCCAGCUCCCAGACCCUAAAGACUCCAGCUCCCAGACCCUAAAGACUCCAGCUCCCAGACCCUAAAGACUCCAGCUCCUAGACCCUAAAGACUCCAGCUCCCAGACCCUAAAGACUCCAGCUCCAAGACCCUAAAGACUCCAGCUCCUAGACCCUAAAGAUUACAGCUCCAGGACCCUAAAGACUCCAGCUCCAAGACCCUAAAGACUCCAGCUCCUAGACCCUAAAGACUCCAGCUCCCAGACCCUAAAGACUCCAGCUCCCAGACCCUAAAGACUCCAUCUCCCACAAGCCCCGGCAGCUCUGCAUCUUCCUCACAGAGCUCCAUAUAUAGAGCUCACUGACGGAGGCAUCACUCUGUCCCAAACCUGCAGAAUAAAACAUCUUCACAGAUCCAACAGGAACAAAGACUUAGAUGUAAUAUCUUACUUUACUCUGAAAUAUUGUGACUUUACUCUAACUUUACUAACAUUAGCAUUCAACAUAAAGUGACAGCAUGGGAAUAACAUUACUACUAAAGUCAUAAUGAAUGAAUAACAUUACUACUAAAAUCAUAAUGAAUUAAAAACAUGAACGUUUUAAAGUGUGGCCGACAAGAAGUGGAUUUUUGUUUGUGUUGAUUUUUACCUUGAAACACAAAAAAAUACUUCAACACCUUUUUCUAUAUUUUCUAUAUCUGUUGUUUUUUACUGUUUAAAACUUGUUCAUUUAUGUGUAAAACUUAACAAACUAAAUAAAAGCAUCUGAAAGAGUU